UAGGCUUGAAGCUAAUUUAGGGAUACUUAAAUUCUAUUUGGCUCUGUUACACCAUAAAUUACGAAGUGUAUCCAAAAAAGAGGGUUGUGGAAUUAGUGCUUCCGCAACCGAUGGUGCUACUACCUCCCAUUUCCCUAAUCUCGUAUGGCAUCCUCUACAUUCUUCUUUUCAAGGGAGAAUUCUUACUGGAAUUAUUGUCAAUUUAAGAGACAAAGAUCCCUUAAUAUUUUUACAUCGUGCCUAUGAUAUAGUUCUACGAAAAUUGCGCGAGCUAUUGAAGAGCUCAAUGUUAAAAGUUAACGUGAUACUUGCUUGCGAUUUUAUUAAUCCCCAAAACCUUAAUGUUGACUUAAAAACUUUUGCAACUAGAAACUCCGUCAUAGAUAUUGGAACCAAUCUGAGAGAAUGGUACGAGUUUGAGGUGAUUGAUAGAUUGCAAACGAAGCUUGGAUCAUUCGAAGAAUGUGAUUCUGGGUGGGCUUUGAGCCAAAUUCUCUAUUUAAAAGUUAACAUAAAUAAAUAUGUCCCUAUUAGAGUAGGAAAGUUCUCCACUUAUGUCAAAUUACCUCGUUUUCUCGCUCUUAAAAGAGCUAUUAUUAAUGUAAAGAAUAAUGAUCAAUAUUGCUUCUUAUGGUCCGUGGUCUCGGCCUUGUACCCCGCGCUAUCCAAUGCCGACAAAACCUAUAAUUAUCCUCAUUUUGAUGAAGUGCUAAAUCGUAGAUCUAUUCAAUUUCCCAUUAAACUGACCGACAUAAAAAAAUUUGAGCGACUAAAUAACCUCGCAAUUAAUUUAUAUUGUUUGGAUAGGAGGAGCGUACUCCCUUUCAUGUUAAGUACGAACCACGAAAACGCUACCGUGACAAUAAAUUUAUUGGUGUUGUCGUCUGAUUCAACCGUUAAUCGUUCUGCUAAUCGUACAAAUUACCAUUUUGCCUGGAUUAAAAAUUUAUCGCGUUUAUUGUCCUCGCAAUUGUCAAAUCAUUGCCAUUCAAAAUUUUUUUGUAACAUUUGCUUGAACCACUUCUCUUCUAAUAUGCUCUUGGAUAAGCACACCGUUCGUUGUCAUCAGGUAAAUAAAUGUGCAGUGAGAUUGCCUAGUUACGAUGAAAAUUUUUUACAGUUUUCCCACUUUUCUAAUAAGGAAAAGGUGCCGUUUGCUAUUUAUGCUGAUAUUGAAAGCAUUUUGAUGAAAUGUGAUGACCUUUGCAAUGAAAAUAGAAACACUAAACUGUUUCAAAAGCAUAUACCCUUUAGCAUUGCUUUUUAUCUAAAAUGUGCUUAUGAUGACUCCUUAUCUAAAUUUUUAUUGUAUAGAGGCCCGGAUUGUGUAACUUGGUUUAUUAAUCAGCUACGGACCAUUGCGAUUUGGGCUGAUAACAUAUUUAAUAAUCCCCUACCCAUGGAAAAAUUAAGCGCGGCUCAACUCCAAGAUUUCGAGAAUGCCACUCAAUGUCAUAUAUGUGAACAUCCAUUUUUGGAAAAUGAAAUUCGUUGCCGGGAUCAUUGCCAUUUUACUUCAAAAUAUCGCGGUCCAAGCCACCAAAAAUGCAACGUAAACUAUCAAGAUACUCGUGUAAUUCCUGUGGUGUUUCAUAACCUCAGCGGGUACGACGCACAUUUCCUUAUCGGUGAACUAGCGACCUGUAUACCGGGACCCAUUAAACUUUUACCCUUAAAUAAAGAAAAAUACAUUUCUUUUACUAAAUACGUGGAGGGUACACAUGUAAAUUUUCGAUUUAUCGAUUCCUUUAGGUUCAUGAGCAGUAGCAUAGACAAAUUAUCUUCUUACUUAGGAAAUGAUAGGAAAACCAUAACAAGAUCGCAAAGUCGAAACGAAACGGAGUUCAAUUUGCUUACGCGAAAGGGUGUUUUUCCCUACGAAUAUAUUGACUCUUGGAAAAAGUUAGAUGAAACUCAGAUGCCACCACAACAUCGAUUUUUUAGUCUUUUGACCAACAACGGUGUAAGUGAUGAAGAUUAUGGACACGCUUUAAAUGUAUGGAACUCGUUUUCGAUUCAAACCCUUGGCCAAUACUCAGACCUGUAUUUAAAAACGGACGUGCUUCUUUUGGCCGAUAUAUUUGAAAAUUUUCGCUACACUUGCCUACAAACCUACAAACUCGAUCCCCUACAUUACUACACUGCUCCGGGAUUAGCAUUCGAUGCCAUGCUUAAAAUUACAGAGGUUAAAUUGGAACUUCUAACAGACAUCGAUCAGGUUAUGUUCGUUGAGAAGGGUAUUAGAGGAGGCAUCACUCAAUGUUCCACUAGAUACGCGAAGGCCAACAACAAAUAUAUGAAAGACGGCUACCGUCCCGACCUUGAAUCGAUCUAUUUAGUUUAUUUUGACGUCAAUGCUCUUUAUGGGGCUACAAUGUGCGAAUUUUUGCCGUAUGGAGAGUUCUGCUUUUUAGAUCAUUUUGAUACGUUAGAUAUUGUAAACCAUCCUGAUGAUGACGAUAUCGGAUACAUUUUGGAUUGUGAUCUUGAUUAUCCCAGGGAAUUGCACGCCAGUCACUCCGAUCUACCCCUGGCACCCGAACACAUGACCCCCCCUGCUUCUAAAAUAAAAAAAUUAAUGCUUACUUUAUACCCAAAACAAAACUAUGUGUUGCACUAUCGAAAUUUAAAAUUGUAUAUAAAACAUGGAUUGCGACUUGUUAAAAUUAAUCGUGUGUUACGUUUUCGGCAAUCGCCCUGGCUGAAAAAGUAUAUCGACCUUAAUACACAAAUGAGGCAACAAUCUCAAAAUGACUUUGAAAUAAACUUUUAUAAGCAAAUGGUAAAUAACGUGUUUGGGAAAUUGAUGGAAAACGUCAGAAAAUAUAAAGAUGUACAUUUGGUGACGGCAUGGGAAGGCCGUUACGGCGCCCGUGCCUAUAUCUCCAAACCAAAUUUUAACAGUUGUACCCUUUUUGGUGACAACAAGGACAUAGCGAUCAUUGAAAUGAACCGUUUGGAGGUGUUGCUUAAUAAACCCAUUUACGCAGGUUUAGCGGUUUUAGACGUUUCUAAAACUUUCCUUUAUGGCUUUCACUACAAUUUUAUUUUGAAGGAGUUCAAGGAUCGGGCAAAGCUUUUGUACACGGACACAGACAGUUUGAUAUAUUCUUUUUCAGUUCCCGACAUUUAUCAAUCCAUAAAAGACAACUGCGAUAAAUUUGAUACAUCAGCUUAUAGCCCCGAUAACGUUUUCGGCAUUCCACGCCUUAACAAAAAAGUCCCGGGUCUGAUGAAAGACGAGAAUAAUGGUAAGAUAAUGUUGGAGUUUGUAGGGCUACGAGCCAAGAUGUACGCUUACCAUGUAGACGGUAAGGUACUGAAAAAAUCCAAAGGGGCAACAUCCGCCAGUAUUCGGGAGAUAACUUUAGAAGAUUAUAAAAAUUGUCUCUUUAACGACGCGACCGUGAAACGACCUCAGCAUUUAAUAAGAUCGCAAGAACAUUCCGUAUUUACCAUCAAGCAAAACAAAGUGGUACUGAGCCCGCACGACGAUAAACGACUAAUCUGUUUAGACCGUAUCAAUACCCGUCCUUGGGGAUAUCACUACGCCAACGAAUCGGUGUAUAGUCAAGAUGAGCAGCGGACGAUUAGAAAAAGAUGUCUGUCGGGCGUCCCACGCAACAUAUGUUGAACAUUUGAAACGUGUUGUGUUAAACACCACUACUUUCUCUAUCGACAUCUACUUCCUCAUCAAUAAAAUUUUACAAAACAUUGUUAUUCCUGACGAUUGCUUCAAUUGGUGCGCUAAAUCGAAAAGUGCGUGCAAGGAAAUUAUUCAGUUAUUAUUGCAUAAAAAGAUCGAGCUUGACAACUUAAUGAAACAUUAUGCACUUGCAAACGGGGAUCGUUUUCCUACUGCUGCUACUACUGCUUCUAGUGUACCAUUAUAUUUUAAGAUGUUUAUAGUAGAUUUAGGAGCGACUAGUGUAGAUAAUGUUAUUAGUAAUACUUAUAAGGAUAUUUUGUACAUUAUUAACGAUGCCAUUUGUACAGCUGCCGAAUAUGCAAACUGUAAUGCAUUGCAAAUAUUUAUUGAUAUUUGUAAAGAAUCCAAUAUUAACUAUGAGUUUAGCCCACGUCAAGACGCUCGCCAUAAAAAAAUCUAUGAGUGGCUACUGAACAACAUUCAAAUUGGCACACAAGAUAAGAAUGCCCUUCUUGGUUGGAGAUGUGGUCCUGAUAGUGGCAUUUGGCCCUCAACGCUGCUAAGCGAUUACGAAAAAACAUU